AUGUCUUCUGCGAGCACUUUGACGCUCUCCGGUUGGAGAUGGCGGCAAUACGGCAAAGCCAACGAAGACUGGCAUCAGUGUGCCCAUGACAAGCCGACCACGGAGAUUUUCACCGAUCUCAUCGAUGCCAAAAUCAUUCCAGAUCCAUUCAUCGACGAGAAUGAACGACAUGUGCAGUGGGUGGGUGAGGCCGACUGGGAGUAUGCUUGCGACUUCCAGUAUGAGCCGGACUCGGGUCACUCUCGUCAAGACCUCGUUUUCGCGGGCUUGGAUACAGUUGCGACCGUUUUACUGAAUGAGGAAAAAGAGAUUUUGAAUUCGACAAACAUGUUUCAUCGGCACCGGGUGGAUGUGACAGGCAAACUACGCCACGGCCUGAACACCCUCCGCAUUGUAUUCAAGAGUGCUCUCCAUUACGGGCGUGAGUUGGAGAGGAAGCAUGGCAGCUAUAGAGCUUUCAGUGGUGAGAACUCUCGAGCUCAUGUUCGCAAAGCCCAGUAUCACUAUGGCUGGGACUGGGGCCCUCUGUUGAUGACAUGUGGGCCAUGUGGAGAUAUUAAACUCGAAAGCUAUUCUUCAACAUUGAUCGAUGUCUUUGCCGAUGCACGAGUAUCUGAUGAUCUUAGUAGUGCAUCCUUGAAUGUCAGAUUCGAAGCCACUCUUGAUCAAGAUGUCACUACGAAAGUCACCGUUACUGCUCCCGACGGCAAUGUGUUCAACACGAAUGCAGCUCUCAGUUUAGCCGCGAAAGAGUCUCGGGGUUCAGUCUCGUUGGAGAUUCACGAGCCACAGCUCUGGUACCCUGUCGGCCAUGGUCCUCAAGUUUUCUAUCUUGUGGAUGUUGCCAUCAUGAACCGUGAUCAGAUACCAUUGCAUCACGUUAAAAAACUUGUUGGCAUGCGGCGGCUUCGGCUGGUGCAGCAACCUUUGAAAGGCGAGUCAGGCACCUCUUUCUUCUUCGAAGUCAACAACAAACCUGUAUACGUUUCUGGCAGCAACUGGAUUCCUGGUCAUUCUUUCCUCACAGCUAUGACAGCCAAAGAUUAUGCCUUGGCUGUUGAUCGAUGCGUGAAAGCGAAUCAGAAUAUGUUACGUAUCUGGGGUGGCGGUAUAUACGAGCAUGAUGCACUGUAUGAGGAGUGUGAUAGACGUGGAGUUCUGGUCUGGCAGGACUUUGCCUUCGCCUGUGCCCAGUACCCUUGUUAUCCUGAAUUCGUGGCGACCGUGAAACGAGAGGCCGUGGACCAAGUCAAGCGACUCCGGCAAUAUUGUUCAAUUGUCCUCUAUGCCGGCAACAAUGAGGACUAUCAAAUCGCUGAGAUGCUCAACUUGACCUGGGAUCGCGAGGAUCAUUCAGGCGAUUGGACUGAUACCAACUUCCCGGCACGGACUUUGUACGAAACGCAUCUGCCUGUGGUAGUAGCCGAAUACGCACCCGCUGUCCCGUACCAUCCUAGCUCGCCUUGGGGCGGUGAUGGUACCACGGACAGAACUGUGGGUGAUAUUCACCAGUGGAACGUAUGGCAUGGGUCACAGGAGAAAUACCAGCUUUGGGACAAGCUUGUCGGUCGAUUCGUAUCAGAGUUUGGCAUGCUUGGUUUUCCGGCUGCCAAAUCUAUCCGUCGUUAUGUGACCGAUCCCGCGCAGAGAUAUCCUCAAAGUCGAGUCCUAGAUCUUCACAACAAAGCAGAUGGUGCGGAACGCCGGCUCGCCUUAUACGUUUUGGGAAACAUUCGAGUGAACUCGUUGGAUCUUGAUAGCUGGAUCUACGCCACCCAACUCAUUCAGGGCGAGUGUUUAAGUUUCGCUGUUCGGAGUUGUCGUCGCCAGUGGAAAGGUCCAGGUCAAGAAUACUGUGGUGGUCAACUCAUUUGGCAGAUCAAUGACUGCUGGCCAGUCUCAAGCUGGGCCAUCAUUGACUUCUAUGGAGACAAGAAGAUGGCUUACUUCAUGACAAUGCGGGACAGCGCACCACUCGCUCUUGGUAUUAGUCGCUCGACGCCCGAGCUCAAGAAGCUCAAGUCACCGCCUCCUCAGAUCCUGGCUCCUCCUCAUGAUCUUGCCCCGAAGACAUACGUCUGUGACAUUUGGGCCAUGAACGGAACCUUGCAGGAUACCCAAGCCCAAAUUGAAAUCCGGCUGUACGACAUCUCAACGGGAGACUUGCGGGAGGAGAAUUCCAUGGGUAUUCAGUCCCUGUUCUCCAACCGCACUACCGAAUUGAUGGAAGACUUGAGCGUGGAUGACCAGACAGCUGUCCAGGCAAUCAUGAGGGAUGCUCAUGACGGUCAUGUCAUCGCCCGUGCAUCUGAUUGGCCUCAGCCUCUCAAGUAUGUCUCUCUGUGUGACGCCCCAGAUGUGACUGUCUCAGUGCUGGACGACAAGCUUGAGAUUCGAUCAAACGUGCCUGUGAAGGGCCUUGUGAUUUCUGUGGUGCCCGAUGAUCGAGAUGUUGAGUUUGAGGAUAACGCCGUCGACGUCUUCCCGAACGAUGUCUACACAAUUGUGGCUAGGGGCUUGAAGAAGGAUGACCAGGUGGAAGUGCGUUACUAUGGAUCGGAAUUUUAG